AUGGACUGUGAUGUCUCUUCUCUAGUUGCCUGUGUAGUGGAUAUAGAGGUAUUUACCAACCAAGAUGUUAAGGAGAAAUUUGAGAGCUUGUUCCGUGCUUAUGAUGAUUGUGUGACAUUUCAACUGUUUAAAAGUUUUCGACGCAUAAAAAUUAACUUCAACAACCCCAAAUCAGCUGCUAAUGCUAGAACAGAACUUCAUGAAACACAGUUCCAAGGGAAGAAACUAAAGCUUUACUUUGCAAAGGUCCAGACUCUGGAGAAUGAUGGAGAGGCCUUCCACUUGGCUCCACCCCAGCCAUCCAAGCAAUUCGUCAUCUCACCUCCAGCCUCUCCUCCUGUAGGUUGGCAGUCAAAAACUGAUGAUACACCAGUCAUCAAUUAUGACCUCCUGUAUGCUGUUUCUAAACUGGGACCAGGUGAGAAAUAUGAACUACAUGCAGGUACUGACUCCACUCCAAGUGUUGUUGUGCACAUCUGUGACAGCCAUGAAGAGGAGGGCCCAAACAAUAUACCAAAGCCACAAAUUAUGCAGACUCGACGUCCUAGCCUACCAUCCUCUAUAUGUAGUUGAUUUGCCCCAAGAACAUACCUUCUUUUCUUUUCUCCUAGUAGAACUCAGCCAUGUCUUUCUGUGUAAUCCAGUGUUUAGUUUCUUAGCAUAUUCCUUGUGUGGUAAUGGAGCGUAAGUGACAACAGGGCUCAGAAUGUGCUCUUUGUAACCAUUUUAUGUCACAUUCCUGUAGAACAGAAGGAGAAGAGGGGAUUAGAGGUAGAGGGAUUUUCCAAACUUCUUAAGGCUGCAACCUGGGAUAGAGUCAGCAAGCCUUUCUUUUAAGGAAACAUAUAUCAGAUUUCAGUGCACAAAGUAAGAUUCUUUAUAAAUGCUAUUCGUUAAAUGGGAGUA